AUGGCGGUGACACCCAAGAAACUCGUCCGCUGGGACGCCAACAACGUAUCAAUAUCAGACUUCGCCUCUCCCUCGUUUCAGAAUGGCUCUAUGGACUCCGUGAUGCUGUCCACAUCCAGCCUCGAGUUCAUCAACUCACAGCUGGUUGCCCAUGGGUUUACGACUAAGCCUGGCCUUUCGUUGGAUGGGACGUCGGUUGACGAUGCGCAACGUGUUGUCAAGUGUCUGCUUAGCAUGUUAGGUCAACGAGUGGAAGACAUGGAGCGGACGGAAGAGCUAACGACGAAGUUACGAACGUUAUCUUACGACCAUGAACGACUCAUGUCAAUGCACCGCACUGCGGUGGAGAGAGCAGCAAAGGCAGAACGUGAAACGAAUCUCCAUAAAUCACGCUUGACUACGGCCCUUCGCUCCCUUCAAACUUCAGAACAUGCACACAAGCAAACAACCGCAGAGCUCCAGCGUACACGAACGAACCUGCAGGGGGUGCGAGCAACAGCGCAAGCCGAAAUGAAAAAGAAAGAAAAAGACAUAGAGAGGACGGCGGAGAAGUGGCAGAAACUCUCAGAUGCGCAGCUCAAAUUAACACCGAGCGGCAUGCGGUGUGCCAACGCUGCUGUUGUAGACGGUUCGGAGGUCCUUGGUAAGGGACAAGGGUUUUUGGAGGUCGCGUUGGAGCAGGCUGAACAGGCCAGGGAGCAGCUUGGGGUGGAGAAUCUCCAUUUGAGGAAGUUGGUGCUCAGAACGGUGAAUGAGAUGCAGUUGGCGUUGCAUAAAGCUCGAAGUUGUCUUUCGGAGAAGGAGAUUGAAGAGCCCGUUCCUUUCACGCUCACGACGCUGUUCCCAAUGUCACCGACGACCAUGGCCGCUGAUAAAAUAGCGAGUGUCAUUGAAGGAUUACAGGAGAGUUUGACAGCUCUAUCUAGUCGAGCUCUCAACCCACCAACACCAAGCUCUGUCCCUCAACUUCCCACUGGCGAAAUUGAACGCCUUCAAGGCAUCAUCACCGCAUUAAAGGAAGAGCUAGCUCGCUCGCAAAAGCAAUCUAUGGCACACGCGGUAGAAACGCAAGCUAUGUUUGAUAAGUUCGCAGAGGACCACCGUGUUGCCACGAACGAUAUUGAUGAUAUGAGCGUUGAACUUAUGUCCGUGCCUCUGCGAGACCAGGAGAAAGACAGGCUUGACAAGAUUAGACUGGAGCUGGAUAUGGAAAGGCAGAAGUUCACAGAAGCUGCCAUGAAGUUGGGGAGAGAGAAAGCUGCGAUGGAGGCCGAGCGCAUCAAGUUCCUGGACGAAAAAAGGUCGUGGCAAGUCGAGGUGAUGUUGGCAGACCUUCCACCAACGCCUGCUCCAGCGUCACCAGCUCGACAAUCAACAACUUAUAAAUCCAUGUCGCCCGUGAAGUCACCACGCAAAUCUCCCAGGAAAUCGCCUGUAAAGAUCAAUGUUGGCAAGGCAAGUCCGAGGAAAAUGACCCGUCGGUCAUUGGCAUCACCCGUCAAAGUUGUACCAGCGUAUGAGACGGAGGUCAUACCCCCUCCUUUACCGGCUCCCACAUUCCUCAAACCCCUCGCUGCGUCACUACUCCCGAGUUCGUUCGUUCUUCCUCCACCUUCGCCACAUGCUUCUUUGCCUACGCGACCUGCGCUCCCUCCUGCCGCACCCAUCUCGCCCCCAGAGGCCUCAUCGUCUUCAUCUGUAACCGAUUCGAUACCGUCAUCAUCGUCGUUGAGUUCAGAAUCUACUGAAAUCACGCCGUCAACUCCUCCAGCCGCGCGCCGCCCCUUCCCCGUCGCCAAACCCUUUGCACAGCGCAUGAUUCAUGCGUAUUCGCCUGCCAAACCUAGUCCGCUGAGUCGAAUAUUAAUGUUAGCGGAUUCACCACUGAGCAUCAACCUGAGCCAUGUUUUUGAGGGUGAUUCCUCUGGGCUUGGCGUGGUCAGGGAGGAGGAUGAAAGCGGUGGUGGAUUGGGUUAUGGGAGUGGAUCGCUGCUUCCACCGGCGCCACAGGAAGAGAAAAUGUCACUCGCUGCGGAAUUGGGGGUUGAGAGUCCACCUGAUACGCCGCUUCAGGAAAAAAAGGUUGAGAGAAAUGUGCAAAUCAAGGGUGGUGCGCUACCAGGGAAAGGAAGGGUAUUCUUCCCUGACCCGAAGAAGUCGACCUCAAUUGCACCAUCGACAGUGGCGAAAGGAAAGGCGAAAGCUGAAGCGCUGGCAUCUAAUGCUGGUACGCGUGGUCGCAUGGUGUUGGAGAAGGAGAACAGCGAUAACUCCAAGAGCACCAAGGCGACGGGAACAGGAAAGGUAUCUCCUCCUGGUCCUAUCAAAGUUUCUACUGGACCCGUAGAAAGCAGCAAGAAAGCAGCCGAUGCGAAACCGAAUGCAAGUAAACCAGCGUUUGAUACAGGGCGGGGAAGGGUAUCGAAAGCUCCCCCGAUACCUGCUGGGAGGGGUGGUGGACCUAGACGGGUCCUCGUGGACAGUGCUGAUGCUCCACCAAUUGGAAAGAGUUGGCGAGGGUAG